AUGGCAGGAACAAAGAGAAAGUACGACGGAAUGGGUGGUAAUGAGGCCGCUUCGUCUGAGGCAAAAUCACCGUUUCUCUCCAUAUUUGAAGCUUUCCGGGCCGAGCUCGAUGAACACCAUGAUCGCAGAGAAAAGAUUGUCAAAGUGUCAAGGGAUGUGACUGCUCAAAGUAAGAAGAUAGUUCGUGAACUAGGCAAACCCAUACAUGCUUCGAUAUCUAAGCAAACGACGCCCAUGUUUGGCACCAUCCGUGACCUUUUUCAGAGCGUCGUCCCAGACCUACAAGGCAUCAACGCAUAUCGGUACCACAGCACCAUCAGCGGUGGCAUUCAAGAGUUCAUGGAAGCCGUCACUUUCCAGCGAUACCUGGAGACUCAACAGGUCAUGAGGUUUGAGGAUGCCCAGGCACAGCUUCCAGCAGGCAUCUCACUCACUUAUGAUGACUAUGUGCUCGGGUUAUUCGACAUGACUGGUGAGCUGAUGCGUUUCGCCAUUACGAACAUGGCCACGAACGGGCAGUUAGCUGGAAUCUCAAGAGGAGCAGAGUCAUCCCACAAGUCCUCGAUCUUGACGGAUAUGCAAGAUCUGCGCGCGGGUCUGGAAGGGCUAGACCCGAGCAAAAAUUUCAGCCUUUCGAAACAUUUUGAUAGCAAGCUCAAGGUGACGAGACAGUCCGUGGAGAAGGUGGAGAACGGUGUGUACGAAAUGAUAGUAAGAGGCAAGGAGAGACCCAAGGGCUGGAAACCAGAGGCUUCGUUCGGUAAUGCAGGGCGGGACAGUGGCGAAGGAGUUGAGGAUUAUUGA